AUGAAGCGUUUCCUUGCUUCGGUCUGCCUGCUGGAGUUGCUGGUGCACGUCUGCGUUCGUUGCUCUGCUGCUGCCUCAGAGUUCAAACUGGAAGGAGAUUAUUUAUUAGGUGGACUUUUUGAUGUCCAUCGUUCCAGUAGCCUCCUUCCUCAUGACAGACCCGUAGCCAUUGACUGCUCCAGCCAGCCUCUAUCUCUGUCGAGUUACCGGCGGUUUCAGGUGAUGAGAUUCUCCGUUGAACAAAUCAACAACUCAACCGACCUGCUGCCAAACGUGUCCCUAGGCUACGAGAUUUUUGACCACUGCUCUGACUUGCACAAUUUCCCGGGAAUUCUCAAACUCAUCUCAUCCAACGGCUCCAUCAAACCGCUGGACCACAAACAGAAAAGAGUGUCCAGACUGCUCGGAGUGCUCGGGCCUUUUGAGAGCACUGAGACCGUGACCGUGGCUCCGUUCUUCACCAUGAACCUCAUCCCGCUGAUUGGCUAUGGAGCUGCUGCUUCCAUCCUGUCAGAAAAACAGAGAUUUCCCACUUUUCUGCGAACGGUACAUUCCAACAAACACGCCAUACGCGUGCUGAUUAAAAUCUUACUGCACUUCAACUGGACCUGGGUGGCGUUCCUUAACAGUGACAGCGACUAUGGCAAAGACAGCCUCGAACUGUUCCGCAGUGAAAUUAAGAACACGAAGAUCUGCCUGGCGUACAACGUUGACCUCAACCACAACACCAACUACUCCCUCAUCUUCAAACAGAUCGAAGCUCAGCAGAUUCACGCCGUCAUCGUUUUCGCUGCUAAGAGAUACGCUGAAGCUGUGAUCGAGGCGGCGAUCAGACUGAACAUCACCAAGAAGGUGUGGAUAGCCAGUGAUGCUUGGUCCUUAAACAAGAAGCUCCGCCAGCAGAAAGGGAUCCAAAGUAUCGGAACAGUACUCGGCAUUUCUGAGUCCGCUGUGUACAUACCUGGAUUCACUGAUUUUAUCUACUCGUCCAAAAGCCAGAAUUACUGCGACGAUGGAGGACAAGAGGACUUCUGUAAUCAGGCUUGCAACUGCAGCAGCCUGAGUCCAGAAGAUAUCGUGACAGAGGACCAGUCUUACUCGUUUCCUGUUUAUUCUGCCGUCUACGCCGUCGCCCACGCCUUACACAACAUCUUACAAUGUGGAGCUGGAGAAUGUAGCAAUAGUACUACAGUGCACUCGUACAUGGUUCUAGAUGAACUGAAGAAGUCCAACUUCACUCUUUUAAACCAGAAGAUUCAAUUUGAUGCAAAUGGUGACCCAACAUACGGGACCUAUUCUGUGGUUUUCUGGAAUCACAGCGGAGAUGCACAAGUGGUCGGAUUUGAACAAUCGCAGCAAUUCUUCAUCAACAACAGUAAAAUUGAGUGGCACACAAAAGGAGUUCCAGUUUCACUGUGUUCUAAAGAGUGUCCUGAAGGAUAUGCAAAAAAACAAGACGGAAUCCACAAAUGCUGCUUCAACUGUCAAAUCUGCCCAAAUGGAAGUUAUAUCAACACCACAGAAAACCCCUACCAGUGCCUCCCCUGUAAGGAGACAGAGUGGUCUACGAUGGGAAGUAUGUCCUGCAGUCCGCGGUCGAUGGAGUACGUUCCCUUCACCGACAGCCUGGCCAUAGCCACCAUGGUGGUGAGCUGGAUCUUGGUUGUUCUCACGCUGGCCAUGUCUGUUCUGUUCGCCAAGAACUACAACACGCCUGUGGUCAAGUCUGCCGGAGGACCGAUGUGUUUCCUGAUUUUGGGCUGCUUAAGCCUGUGCAGUCUCAGCAUCUUUUUCUACUUCGGCAAACCAACAACUUCCUCUUGCAUCUUGCGCUUCCUGCCGUUUUUGCUCUUCUACACUCCGUGUCUAGCGUGCUUCGUCGUGCGCUCUUUUCAAAUAGUUUGCAUUUUCAAAAUAGCCGCCAAGUUUCCUCAGCUGCGAAGCUGGUGGAUGAAGUAUCACGGCCAGUGGCUGGUCAUCACUGUCGCCUUCACUGUCCAGACGCUGCUGCUCAUCAUCAGUUAUUCUCUGGAACCCCCAAAACCUAACAAUGAAACCUUCUGGUACCCAGACAAAAUCAUUCUCGGGUGUGAACUAAAGCUCAGUCUUGUGUCUCUGUCUCCUGCUUGGUUUCUUGUAUUUCUGUGCCUCCUUUGUUUUAUCUUCUCCUACAUGGGAAAAGACCUCCCCAAAAAUUACAACGAGGCAAAAGCCAUCACCUUCUGCCUGCUCCUGCUCAUCAUCACCUGGAUCAUCUUUUCCACCGAGUACCUGCUGUACUACGGCAAGUACAUAGAAACCCUGAACGCCAUCUCAGUACUCUCCAGCCUCUACUCCUUCCUCUUCUGGUAUUUCCUGCCAAAAUGCUACAUUAUUAUUUUUCAACCACACAAAAACACACAGCAGUACUUCCAGGGCAUCAUCCAAACCUACACCAAAACCAUGAGCCAGUAGCUCCUCCCACUGGGACAUGGCAACUGACGGGGAAAACUCUUUGUUUUUCCUUUCCCAUGAGCAUUUCUGCAGAACACAACUGUAGCAAAAUUUGUGCUCUGAUGGUCAGCUUCCACUAAACUUGGUAUAUCGAUGAAGGUUGACCUCAGAGUUGCCCUUCAAGGAUUUGUUUUGGCAAAGGUCCAGGGCACACAUGUGUAAGUGGGUUCCAGAAUUCCAGAGGCGAGGUCAAAUUUCCCAAAGGUCAAAGGUCAACUAUUUUUCACUCCAGUCUGCAUAAACUUGGUAUAUGCAUGGAGGUACGUUCCAGAAUUGCCCAGAAGAGGUCAAAUUUACCAAAGGUCAAUCACUGAGGUCAGUGUCACUGGGGUCAGUGUUUUUCACUCCAAUGUGCACCAAACGUGGCACACAUGGAGGUUGGUUCUGGAAUUUCUCUUCAAGGACAAAUUUGCCAAAUGUCAUUCAUUGGGGCCAAGGUCACGGCUGCCUUUGUUUUUGCUGGCCAGCUCCUCCCCUUUGCUGAUUUCUACCAAACUUGGUUUGUAAAUGAAGGCUGACCACAAAAUUUCCCUUAAACAUUUCAUUUCGGUGGAGCUUAAUCAAUCAAUCAAUCAAUUUUAUUUAUAUAGCGCCAAAUCACAACAAACAGUUGCCCCAAGGCGCUUUAUAUUAUAAGGCAAGGCCA